AUGAGCGUCCCGUGGUCUGGAACAGCCACAGAGUCUGUCCCCCAACCUCCCGCAGUCGCUGUCACCCAGGCCAACGCGCUUUCCCUCCCCUCGUCCCAAACCCCAUCCAUCACACACCCCGCCACCCAGCCCGACCCGAAACCUAUGUCCAACGGCUCGAUAGCUCCCAGCGCCACGCCAGCUGCUCCGGUUGCUGCCGUGCCGAGGCCCGCCGUUCCAGCACCUGUGGUGAACUCGAACGGGAAGAGGGAACUGUCGCCUGGCCCACAGGGGCAACCACCGCAGAAGACGAUCAAGGCGUCGCACGUGAUGGCGGCAAAUGCCCCGGCGCAGACCCCUCCACCUGCUGGACCCUCGGUUCCUAGGCCUCAGCAGCCUAUAACGCUCCCCAUGGGUCGCGGACAAGGUAUCGACCUUCGCGCUGAAGAAGAAGCUGCGCGACGGGCGGCGCGCUCGGCUGUCGGUGGUGCCAGGUUCGCAGGUAGCGGGAGCCGUGCCAAACAGACUGAUCUCCUGGGGGAGCAGGUGCUGCGAGUGCGCUUGAAUCGCCUCGCGCAUGAGCACGGGAUGGCAUUCGAUGACGAGGCGAUGCGCAUCUUGGCGAUGGGGGCAGAGACGCGAAUGCGGUCGCUGAUGGAAUCGGCGACCCGCGCACAACAGCACCGCGUCAACUCGACGCAUCAGCACAAGCCGCCUAUGCGCGUCAAUGGGGGCAAGGGACCUAAGCCUCUGUGGAGCCAGAAGAUCACGUCGGACACUGGCGCGGUGAUGGCAGCGCUGGCGAACGCGAACAGGGACGAGAACAAGGCGCACCGGGUGGCGAGGACGGAGAGGAACGCACGCGAGACCGAGCUUGCUCGCGCUCAGGCCGCGGCCAAGGAGCGCGAGGCGCGCGAGAGCGGCUCGGCUCCCGACACGGGAGCGGCGUCGCCGGCCAGCGGAGCGCCACCAGAAGAAGCUGCAGCUGGGCCAGCACGACCCCGCCCCAGCGAACCCGUGUUCCAGGCGGCGCCGACGUUCGGUGGACCACCACCGCCGCCUAAGAAGUCGAAAGGCAAGAAGGCGGCGGGGCGCGACAUGAGCGCCGAGGUGCAGGCCAAGAUCACGAACCAGACGGCGACGGUCAACGCGGGCCGGAAGCGGUACGCAUGGGAGAUGGGGGGCGGGUUCCGGCCCCAGGUGUCGAGCCUGUUGAGUGGGAAGCGCAAGAAAGCUGAGGAGGAAGAGAAGAAGGACAAGGAGGAGGAGGAGGAGGAGGCGCCGCCACCACCCAAGAAGAAGCGGACCGUGUCGGCGCCACACCGCCGCCCAGUCGACGUGGACGUGCGCGGCGACAAGCGCGGCCGCGACGACACGGCACUUACGGUUGUCGACGUCAUGUUUGCGCUUGAGCGCGAGAGGUCAGGACGCGGGAUGGGAACGGCAGACGAGAUCGUGCGCCGGCAGUAUGCCAAGCCUGGCGGGCCGUACGGCCCAUGGCAGUGA